AUGAGUAGCCCCAAGCGCAGAAUCGAGACAGAUGAUGUACGGCUGAUAAUCCCCGAACCCUUUCGAUUUGGCUUCCGUCUUUCGCAACCCCUCGGUUCACCUCGGCGAGCAUACUUCGUUUCUGGAUUACAGUUAAUAUAUGCUGACUCUGAGAAUCUAGUGCAGGAAUUCUACGUUCGAUUCAAGGGACCAGAAGAAACACCAUUCACCGGAGGUCACUGGAAAAUCCACGUUGAAUUGCCCGAUCAAUACCCAUACAAGAGCCCAAGCAUCGGAUUCGUCAACCGGAUAUUCCACCCAAAUAUCGACGAGCUGUCAGGCUCGGUAUGCCUUGAUGUGAUCAACCAAACAUGGUCCCCGAUGUACGACAUGCUCAACAUCUUCGAGGUUUUCCUACCCCAACUCCUCCGCUAUCCCAAUCCAUCGGAUCCCCUCAACGGUGAGGCCGCCGCCUUGAUGAUGAGGGAGCCCAAAGCAUACGAGGCAAAGGUAAAAGAAUACGUCGCCAAAUAUGCCAGCAAGGAAGCCGUAGAUGAAGCAGGUGAAGACACCGAGUCUGAAGACGAGUUGAGCUCCGCAGGGAGCUAUGAUUCUGGCGGUGAAGAGCCAGCGGGCACGAUGGACGAUGUCUGA